UCAUAGACAACAGUGAGAUUUCGACUGCAGAGGGAUCAGAGAAUGUUCCUUUACAGCUUGUAAGGAAAACGUGUCAAAGGACAAAGACCUGGAAAACGCUGAGUCUGGAGAUGUACCCCACUUUGACUCUGGGACCUCAAAGGAUUGGAGACUGCUUUUACAGAGACAGGGAGGUUCCUGCACACAUCCCGCUGUACCCUGCAGCCUGUGAGAUGCCCCCGAGGAUGCUGGUCCCUCCUGCUGCCCCCAGUGAGCCUGCAUCCACACCCCGAAAAGAUGAGGUGAAGAUGGAGCUGGAGAACUCUGCUUUAUGGAAGCAGUUCAGCUCCGUGGGCACAGAGAUGAUUAUAACAAAGAAGGGCAGACGGAUGUUUCCCGGUUUGAGAUUGAAGCUGUCAGGCUUAAACCCAUCUCUCCGUUACAUCCUCCUUCUGGACAUUGUUCCAGUGGACAACUCCCGCUAUCGCUUCCAUGGUGGUGGCUGGCAGGCUGUUGGUGGGGCGGAGGCCAGGCUACCAGACCGGGUUUUCAUUCACCCUGACUCCCCUGCCACAGGCACACAUUGGCAGAGCCGUACCAUUUCCUUUCAUUACGCCAAGCUCACAAACAACACGCUGGACACACAGGGACAUAUCAUCCUGCAUUCGCUGCAUCGCUAUCAGCCCAGAGUUCACGUGGUUGAAGCCAGAGAUGUGUUGAGGUGGGCUGGAGGGCAGCACACCUUCAUUUUCCCUGAGACCCAGUUUAUAACAGUCACCGCCUACCAAAACAACAAGAUCACAGAGCUCAAAAUCAACUCCAACCCCUUUGCAAAGGGCUUCAGAGACGACGGCAUGAACAGCAAGAAGCAAAGAGAUGCAAGACAGAAACGUAAAGUUGCAGUUCUGACAGAAACUUUGGAUAUUGUGAACUGUGAUCCGUGUGACUCUACAGAGCUUCUUCCACAGCCCACAACCACCAGCACAGACCUGCAGACUCUUGCUUUGGCCUCUCUGCCUGACCCUUCCUGCGGGUUCAGACCAGAAGAGGCCUCCUAUCAAGACACACUGGUCCCAGAGCAGUCACUAGAUCUCAAUCAGGCAUUUAUGGCCUCCCAUAUGCCUGACAUCACAAUGGCUAAUGGGAUGCAGGAAACACCAGGAAAUGACUUGAGAAACAAUAUUAUUAAAAGAUCAGACGCUAUGGCUGCUCCAGCUUACACCUCCAGCUUCCCUGUUGCACAGGCCAACUCCUCUUCCUUCCCCUCGGCUCUUUUUUCUCAGCCGUCCUCCUUCUCCUCACUUCCUGUCCCGAGCUCCUCAGACACAUCUGAUUCUCAGCCCUCCAUCCCUCCCAUCAACUACCCCACCCUUCUGUCAUCCUCCCCCACUAUCCCAACAACCCCCUCACUUCAGCAGGCCUCCUUCACCUUCCCCACUCCACCUCCUUCAGACUCUUCCUCUCCACAACCGCUUCUCUCAUCUUCCUCCCCCUCCUCCAACACCUACCAUGUGACUCCAGAGGCAGUCAACCCCCAAACUCCAACCUCUUUUCAUGCAUCAUCUUCAUCAUGUGGGUCAAAUGUUCAGGAUCAAAUCUCUGCUCACUCUCUGCUUCACCAACCCAACCAGCAGCUGCAGGAUGACACAGGUGGAAAUGAUGAACCCAGCGUUCAGGCCUCAGCAGCUUUCAUUUAUCCAAAUGUCCUGCCUACAAAUCCAAACCCUGCUCCAGUUACUGCUCACCCUUUCUCGAAUCAACACCAGCUGCCUGCUGCAGCUCCAUCAUGCUCCCUAGCUGUUAACACUGCCUCCACAUCGUUUGCUUUCCCCUCUGUUCCUCCACAAGUGCAAAGUGUCUCAUUUCCAAGUUUGUCUCCCAGUCCUGCUCUGCACUUCCCAAAUCUGAACCAUCAAGCCCCAGCUCCCUCCCAUGCUGCUGUCUUCCCACCCUCCUCUUUUGCUCACCCAUCAUCCUCCCUUCCUUUCCAACCCUCCUCUUGCUUGGCUGCGUCCUCCUCAUUCCAGCAGUCUGUCACCUCUGCAGCCCAACAUCCUCACAACCUGUCCAAUUCCUCUGCUUCCUCCUCCACCUGCUCGUAUCCUCCAGUUGAAAUCGGUGCCAUCCAUCCCCCCUAUCGCCCAGAGAUGGUACUGCACCACCCUGCUCUUCUUUCUCAGCUGGAUUCAUCACUGCCCUCCUCCACCCCUCCUCCAGCCCUCUACCCCACUUUUCCAUCAUACCCUCUCCGACUGCAUCAGAACCCUCACUCAUCCCUCUCCAUCCCCUUCAGGCAUCUGUACAGACAACACCAGCAUGGCUACCCCCACUCCCAGGGGUCUUACCUGGAUAUGAACACUAGAGCAGUGUUUUAA